AUGGUCUUCCAAACCCUAACUCACCUCCCCAUCCCCCAGGUCCCCAUCAAAGACACCGACAAACCCCUCUUCGCCUCCAUCAACGCCUUCGUUCACGAAUACAUGUCCAAGUAUGACAACUCACAUGACUACCAACACAUUCUCCGCGUCGUCUCCAACACGAAUCGAAUCCUACAAAUUGAACGCCAUGGAAACCCUUCAGUCAAGCAUGACACAACAGCCCUCUUCCUCUCUGCCCUCCUCCACGACGUAGGCGACCACAAGUACGCAAAACCAGGCGAAGACAUUGAGAAUCAGAUUUCUGACACCCUACUGUCCCAUGGCGCGACCCCGGAACUCGCGCAGAUAGUCCAGACAAUUGUUAAACACGUGUCUUAUACACACGAGAUCCGGAGUCCCGAUGCCGUUGCUGAGGUGCUGGAAAAGCAUCCCGAGUUAGCCAUUGUGCAGGAUGCAGAUCGGCUUGAUGCUAUCGGGGCGGUGGGAAUCGCGCGAUGUUUCUCGUUUGGGGCAGCGAAGAUGCCGGAACAGCCUAUGGAUAGGGCGGUAAGGCAUUUUGAGGAGAAAUUAUAUAAAUUGGCGGGAAUGAUGAAGACUGAGGCUGGGAAGGAGAUGGCGGGGAAGAGACACAAGGUAUUGGAGGGAUUUGCCAGGCAGUGGGGGGAGGAGACAGAGUUGAGUUUUGAGAUGGAGUGA